CUCCACUCUACUAUUUAAACCCUGUGUAGGUACCCUUCUUCCUCUUUUCCUACACUCCAUCUCAUACAUCCACAACCCCAUCUCCAACUCCUCCUACAAUCCAAUCCACAUUUGUGAAUCAACUACCAUACCCACAUACUGAACAAAAUGGCCGCCGAUCGUCUGAGCUCCAUCCUGAGCCACCUCAAGCCUGGUGGUGGAAGCGGUAUCAAUGCUGUCACCCAGAAAAACCCCGAUGACAUUGUCAUCACCUUUGCGAUGCGUACUCCCCUGGCCAAAGCCUUCAAGGGUAGCUUCAAGGACACCGAACUGGAUUACCUCGUCUACGUCUUGCUGAAGGAGCUGAUCGCCAAGUCGAAGAUCGAUCCCGCUCUGAUCGAGGAUGUCUGUCUCGGCAAUGUCGGAGACGGCAAAGCCGCCUAUCUCGUCCGCGCCGCCUCCCUUGCAGCCGGUAUCCCCCACACCGCCGGCGGCUCCUCCGUGAACCGCUUCUGCUCAUCCGGUCUGAAGGCCGUGCAAGACAUCGCGAACCAGAUCCAGCUCGGAGCGAUCGACAUCGGAGUCGCCGUGGGCGCGGAAUCCAUGUCCUCCAACGGAGACCGUAUCGGCCGCCCUUUCAACGAAGAGGUCCUCAAGAACCAGGAAGCCGCCGACUGCAUGCAGCCGAUGGGCCAGACUUCCGAGAACGUCGGUUCGGACUUCAACAUCCCGCGCGAAGCGCAGGACAAGUACGCCGCGGAGUCGUUCCAGCGCGCCGAAGCCGCCCAGAAGGCCGGCUGGUUCGACGACGAGAUCCUUCCGGUCACUACCAAGGUCAAGGACCCCAAGACCGGCGAGGUGAAGACCAUCACUGUCUCCAAAGACGAGGGCGUCCGCUACGGCACCACCGCGGAAUCGCUCGCGAAAAUCCGCCCCGCUUUCCCCCAGUUCGGCAACCGCAGCACCGGCGGUAACUCCAGCCAAGUGACCGACGGCGGCGCCGCGCUGCUGCUCAUGCGCCGCUCCAAAGCCAUCGAGCUGAACCAGCCCAUCCUGGCCAAAUUCUGCGGCGCCACCGUCGCCGGCGUGCCGCCCCGCAUCAUGGGGAUCGGCCCCACGGCGGCGAUUCCCAAGCUGCUGACCAAGUUCAACCUCAACAAGGAUGAGAUCGACCUCUACGAGAUCAACGAGGCCUUUGCGUCCAUGGCUGUCUACUGCGUCAACAACCUGGGCUUGGACCACGCUAAGGUGAACCCCCGUGGUGGCGCCAUCGCGCUUGGCCAUCCGCUGGGAGCGACGGGCGCGCGCCAGAUCUGUACCGCGCUGAGCGAGGCGCGUCGUGCUAAUAAGAAGGUUUUGGUCACUAGUAUGUGUAUUGGGACUGGGCAGGGUAUGGCUGGGCUGUUCGUGAAUGAGCAGAUUUGAUUGUGCUUGCGUCUUGGAUACGCUUUGGCAUAGAUAGACCUUUGGAUCCAUCCUUGACUUACGGUUGUACAAUGGCAAAAUAAAUGUCGGUAGAUAGCAUAUAGGAAAUAUGUGUAUCUCAAUGAAGUCAC